AAAACCAAAUCAAGCACCGAACACAAAACCAAACAAUGUCAACGCUCUCCUUGCAAGCACCCGACCUAAUUUCGUCAACAAUGCUGCUUGAGCAUUUUACAUGCCCCAUUUGCUGCAGUCUGCUGUCAAACACGACAAUCACAAUCCCGUGUGGUCACCGGUACUGCAAGUCAUGCAUCGACGAGUGCCUCAACCGCAAAUCCGUUUGCCCAUGCUGCAACACAAGGCUGAAUGGCGGCGUUGUGCUCCAGCGGGACCACCAGUACGACGCACUGUUAGAAAUGAUCCAGAAAGAGCGCAAGGCUGCCGAUGCAGCACAUUUGGUGCGCCUCGUAGAGACGUCCGCUCUCUGCAGCGUCCCGACCCGCGCAGCGCCAAUUCCUGCUCUUCUGAUGGCUUCCGACGAGCCCCUGAUUGUGAUUGAUGAUCCAACAACGCUUGCCAGCAACAGCCCCGUGCAUGACGACGCAGAUCUGGACAGCUCUGGCGCGGUGACUGAGCUUCAGCGCGUGUUUGCGAAGCAUCUCGCUCGAGCAGUGUCCGGCUAUGUAGCUCAAAUUCAGGAAUCACAAGCAAACAAGCAGGCGGAGUUGUCUCGAAUUUCUACAGAUUUGCGCCUUCGAGCUGGCAUGGACGAUGCCGAGCGCCUCAAGCAAGUAGCUGCGCGCUUUGACAAGGAGGUUGCCAAUACGAUCGCGAGCUGCGACAAACAUCUCGAGCGUGCGUUGUACGUACCCGUGUUAACAAAGACGGAAAAUGUGGCAUUCAACUGCUACCUUGUGCGCGGCGGUGUUCGCAUCUGCAUUCGCGACCUGGUCAUGUCUCCCCUGGACAAGGUUUCGCGGCUGAUUCAGCAAAUACAGCUGCGCUUCGAGGAGUUGGUCGGUGACAAGAUCAUGUCCGCCAGCGCCGAUGCAGGCUUGCUCGUUUGUGCCGUGGAUUCCAGUCGCAUCGUGUCGCCGUCCACUCUGGUCGUGAAGGCGGAAGCCGGUGAAACUGCCAUUCCUUGGUCGGGCGCCCAGGAUACGCUUCUGCGAGACUAUUCCUUGCGUCCAGUGAAUGCGCUCUUGUUCACUGGUGCACUGACGUGGGAAAGCGAGUGUCCGCGGUUGUGUGCCAAGGACAGCUUUGUAGAAGGCGCAAGCAACAUCACAAACUACUACUCAUGCGGCACGUGCAAAUUGAACUGGAUCUGCGAGCCAUGCCGCGAAGCGUGCCAUACUGGUCACUCGACUGUCAUGACGCUGCGUGCACACAAGCCCAAGUUUGCCUGUUGCUACUGUGAACGAGGCGGCAAAUGCUGCAAAACCGCAGCUCACUGAUCAUCCUCCCCAAAAACCGAUCUGAUUGUGCCACCAAAAAUUCGUUUGUCAAUAGAUUCUUUCUGGUAA